AUGCGGUCGGCGAUCGAUGCCUCCAAACUGCAGGAGCGUACCGAUGAGGAGACCGCAGGAGAAAUGGCAGCAGCCCUUCUUGAGGCAAACGGUGAGUUAAUGACGCUCUUCUUUCGACACAUUGCGGUCUGCCCACCACACGGACCCUUCAAGUAUUAUAGCGCCCUCACCCUCACGGAGAGGGUGCGUCACUGGCUUGCGGCAAAUUCCUUAGAUGAAAAUGCGGCGGCGAUUAAAGAACUCACUCCAACGGCGGUGCUUCAGCUUAUGGAGAAGUACUACAACACGCAGCACCUACGAAGCUGGCCGUUGUUGUAUGUGCCUGCCGAGGUACGUCUGAAGGACGUGAAUGCGCUUCUGGGUGAGGGCAAGUGA